CUUAGUCAUAUGACCGACUACAGUUUUUGGUCGCAGUGUGGAUGAGCUAAAGAGAGCAUUUCCGCCUUUAGCUCUGUGUCUGUUUUUGUUUUUUAUUGAUUUACUUCGAGGCUCCACUUUAAAGCUUCGUGUUAACUCUCUCUGUCGGAGGAAAGCAGAAGUUUUCAGGACUUGAAUCAAACAUGGAAACGGGAAGCCGGCUCGCUGCACUGUCGUUCCUCCUCUCCGCUGUGUUGUCUCUCUGUGUUUGUGCCAAUAUCCCUGAACCGAUUAACCCUUUGGUGUUUGAGGAGCAGCUGCUGUGGGUGAGUGGAGCCCAGGGGCAGGUGAACACCUACAGGAUCCCCCUGCUCACCUUCACCCCCAAAGGAAGCCUGCUGGCCUUCGCAGAGGGCAGGAAGUCUACGGCCAGCGACGUGGGAGCAAAGGUCCUUGCAAUGCGGCGGUCCACAGACAAAGGAGCCACCUGGUCCCCGACCACCUUUAUCGUCGACGAUGGUACGCAGCCGGACGGCCUGAACCUGGGCUCGGUGGUGGUGGACGAGGAGGUGGGCUCGGUGAUUCUGAUCUACAGCAUCUGCUUCCACCUCUACCGCUGCAAGCCGGCCAGCACCAUGUCGGUGGAGAGCAUGGACGACGGCCUGAGCUGGAGCAAGCCCAGAAACCUCUCGGUCCAGCUCGGAGUCAAAAACUUUGCUCCCGGGCCUGGCUUCGGCAUCCAGAAGCGCUACAACCCAGCUAAGGGGAGGCUGGUGGUGUGUGGUCAUGGUACAAUCGAGGGAGAUGGAGUUUUCUGCAUCUUGAGUGAUGACCAUGGACAUAACUGGUACAACGGUGCUGCACUGAAAAGCAUCCCUUACAACCAGCGGAAGAAACCACAAGACUUCAACCCUGACGAGUGCCAGCCGUUUGAGAUGACAGACGGCAGCAUCGUCAUCAACGUGCGGAACCAGAACCAAUACCACUGUCGGUGUCGCGUGGUGGUACGAAGCUAUGACGGUGGAUUGUCCCUGCCCUUGGAAAAUCUGUACUUUGACUACGAGCUGGUGGAUCCUGCAGUGGCGGCGGGAGCUCUGCAGAAAGAUGACGUCCUCUACUUCACCAACCCGGCCAAUGAUCAUAGCAGAGUUAACCUGACCUUACGUUGGUCGGUGACUCAUGGAAAGUCUUGGGAGAACAAAGCUUUGCAGAUAUGGGCGGGGCCAAGCGGCUACUCCUGCAUGACAUCUCUGGACAGCGGCUCCCCAGAGGACCAGAAGUAUAUCUUUGUCAUCUACGAAAAGGGCCACAAGAACUAUGACGAAACCGUUUCGUUUGUCAAGAUCCACCUAUACGGUGGCCGGUAGAGCAUGUGAGAGGGAGAUUCAAAUGUUGGAGGAAAAAAGGGAAACAGGAAGAUGUUGAUUACUCCCACAACUUUCUCAGGAUGAACAUAAAAGACUUUUUAAACUUACUUUAUGCUAUGAAAUAUGGAAAAUAUGAGAGGCUCAGCACCACGAAUGUCCGACAGUUUGUGUUCAGCCUGUGAUGAACCAAUCCAAAAAAUAUAUGCCGGAUAAGUCUGAUGUGUCCGGAUAAAUGUGUUUUUGUUAGAAAAUUUGCACAGCCCCAAUAUUUUAUUACUUCCCUGUUCUUACAUAAAAGAAGAUAUGAGAUAAAUGUUGAAGAUUAUUUAGUACACUAGUUUCCUUAUCAGAAUUUCAUGCUGAAGAGGCCUACUUUGAAAUGGUUUCUGUGCUUGUAAUUAUGAAUUUUGCCUUUAUUAAGAUGUGAGUAUGCCAUGAAUACAUGCUGAUUGAAAUUGGUCCUGCCUUUGUAGACCCAGAAAUUAUGUAAAAUAAUGUUAAUAACCUUUUUUGUUAUGAGAUGGCGCUUAAAUGCUAUUUCCAAUUGAGUGGUUUUAGAAAAAUAAUACAUGUACUUGAAAAAAAAAAAGAGGUGUGUGUGUGUGUGUGUGUGAUUGGAUGUGAGAGUGAAGAGGUAAAAACAUAAUGUAGCCAAAGUAUCCUCUUUUGUACUCUGGUAUUUUGUAAUCAAUCUGACCUCCACUCCGAUUUUGAUGUUUUAUUUUGAAAAGUGUCCAUUUAUGCUCCAUAUUACCAGCACGGAGUUACAUUGUUUCCCUGCAGGACUUUAUCUGAUCUGUACUAUCUGCAGAAUAAACAUGUGAUUUCUAAGGCA